AUAGGGCUGGGUAUGCCAGAUGGCCGCUUGGGCGAGUUUGGCCAUGCGGUCCAGCCUCAGCAGGGCCGGACCCGAGUUCUGGGGGUCCUGGUGACUGCUCUCCUGUGGCAAAACUGCGUAUUCCAGGAACUGCUACUCUCCAGACUUAUUGAGCUAACCUCCCCUCUCCCCCCACCCCACGCCCCACGCCCCACAUGGUGCUGGGUGAGCUGGGGUUGAGCCCUCCCUUUUUUGACUCAGCAGGGCUUCUCGAUUAUGAUUCCUCUUAGGUGAAGUGGAUGGGAGGAAGGGGGUGGAACCCUGUAGACUAGUUUCCAAUCUUAGCACUGCCAGUUAUUAGCCUGUGACCGUAAGUAAAUAUUUUUAGCCUUCCUGAGCUUCAGUUUUUUCAUCUGUGAAAUGGAAACAUAACAGGCUGUAGCGCCUAGCUCAUAGAAUAAGAGUGAGGAUUAAGAAACAAUGUAUGUAUUCCUGUGCAGCAUCUCAGCCCUGUAAUUCCAGCACUUUGGGAGGCAGAACUGGAAGGAUGGUUUGAGCCCAGGAGUUUCAGACCAGUCUGGUUAACAUAUUGAGACCCUACCUGUACUAAACAUAGUAAUAAAAAACAAAUUAGCUGAAAUUGGUGGUGCUUGAAUUAGCUAUAAUCCUAGCUACUCAGGAGGCUGAGGUAGGAGCUUGAGCUCAGGAGUUUGAUGUUGCAGAGAGCUACGAUUGCUCUACUGUGCUCCAGAGACCCUAUUUCUAAAAAAAAAAAAAAAAAAAAAAGCAUGUAUAUCAAAUGCUGAGCAGGGUGCUUAGUACUUCAUAGCACCCAGUAAAUGUGGAUUUGGACUAGAGGCUCCAAAGAUCUCUAGAGGCUUUGGUGAUGAGGUAGGAAUAUUUCUGGGAAAGCAGUUUUAAGCUGAGUAGUACCAGUGAGAAAGAGUUGUUUGAGGGCUUAACAACUGCCCUUUAGGUAGUGAGUUCCCAGCCUUGAGGUGUGGAAGAGUAGAGUGACUAAGUGGGAGGAACCCUAUAAGUAAUGAAAGCCAUCCUGUGGAAACAGGCUCUGAGUGUAUAGGUGGCUUGCCUAAGGUCACACAGGUAAAAGGGAGCCCAGGCAUACCUCUAAGAAAUAUAGCAGACUGUUCCUUGAACCUCCCCAUCACCCCCAGCCUUGGGCAGUGCCUAUUUAUUCCCUGAAGAUCUGGUCUUCAAUUUGGGGAUCCCAGUGGAUCUGGGGGAGCAAGCUUCAGAAAAGGAGGUUGGGGGGGGGGGACUAGUGCUACUGCAACUUAAAAGUCUGGGUUUGAGCUAAGUGGGGAAAAUGCUCCCCGUUUCGGGCUCUACGGGAGUUACUGUUUAUUUAAAGAUAGUAUAGGGAAUGUGUUUGAUCUAGGAGGCUCACCAUAGCCACUUGCAAGUCCCCAGGGAUAUCCCUGAUUUCCCUACCCCCAAAAGGGAGAGAGGAACUUAAGCAGUGGGGCAGACUGCCUGAUUGGGCCUGUAGGAGGGGAAGAUAGUUGAGAAUGUAGAGGUGUUAUCUACCUGGCUUGUUCUAGAAUGAGGGUGGAACUAGAGAGGAGAGUCAUGAGGGUGGGGCCCUGAAGAGUUGGGACUUGAUUUGAGUAGGUCUUUGAGCCCAGAAGGGCAAGUUCUUUCUGUAUCUGGAGCCAGCCCUAACCUGGCAACAAGGAGCCUAAAUUCCUGGGUAUGGCUUUCUCUCAGACUCAGCAUAUAGUUUUGAGGAAGGAAAGAUUUUCUCUCUCUGCAUCUUGAUUUUUCUAUCUUUUCAUUGGUAACAGGGAUAACUGGCUCAUCUAUGUAGGAUUUGGGUUUUCCUUUUCUUCUUCUAUGGAUAGACACCCCUUUUCCUCUCUCACUCCAGUCCUAACUUGACCUUUCUUCCCAGAGCUCUGAUGCAGAGAGGAAGGGGUCAAGAAAGACCAAAGUUGCAGUGUGUUAGGUCUUUGUGGGCCCCACAUCUUUCUAUUGCCGGCUCUUCCAUCUAUUUGCUAUAUGACCCUGAGCAGAUUUCUGCUUUAACUUCUCCAUCUGGGGGUUAGGCUAGGAUUGUUGGUGUAUAUUUAGCUAUUACAAUUCCUGUCCUUGUCUGGAUGGGAAAUCACAGUGCUCAGGAGCCCUCACCUAGUCACAGGAAGAUAAUGGGCUCUGGGAAUCUUCCAGAAGCUGAUAAAGCAGGUCUUUCUAGCAAACAGCAAACAUAGGCUAACGCCAGGCCUGAUUUUGCAAAGCCUUUCACCCUCAGAGCACGUGAGGCAGCAGGCGGGGAUAAGCAGGCAGUCGAAGUUCUGUUUGCUUCUGUAGAAUCUCUGCUCUGUGACUACACUGUGCAGACUCAGAGAGCACACAAAGCCUGGAAAGGGACUGAAGGUUCAGGCGGGCCCUAGGCAGUGAGAGCUGACAAGAAGCCCAGAAGCUUAGAGGCUGGGCCUGAGGCUCAAAGGCUUGGGGGAGGAGAUGGUAGGUUUUAGGGUUGGUUCUUGAAACAAGGAGAGAUCAGCACAGAUUUGGUGCAUUGUUUCUCUUUGAUAUUCAGGUGAAAUAUUGUCUUGGGAUUCCGAGUCAGUCUUCUUCACCCAGGUUAGGAGCUAUUCAAGUUUAGGUGACUUCCCUCUCAGACUCCUUAUCCCAUAGCACAGCUAAAUUUAGGACUGAUGACAAGGGCUGACUUCACCACUGAGUCCCAGCCCUGCUGCCUGAGGCCCUGACAGCAUGCCACUCCAUCCCUAGGUCUGACAAGAUGUACCAGGUCCCACUGCCGCUGGACCGGGAUGGGACCCUGGUCCGGCUCCGCUUCACCCUGGUGGCCCUGGUCACGGUCUGCUGUCCACUUGUCGCCUUCCUCUUCUGCAUCCUCUGGUCCCUGCUCUUCCACUUCAAGGAGACAACGGCCACACACUGUGGGGAUGUUCUCUGCGGCCUCCCAGCCCUUGGACCCCGAUGGAACUGUGUUCCGGCUCCGCUUCACAGCCAUGGUCUGGUGGGUCAUCACUUUCCCCGUGUUCGGCUUCUUCUUCUGCAUCAUCUGGUCCCUGGUGUUCCACUUUGAGUACACGGUGGCCACUGACUGUGGGGUACCCAAUUACCUGCCCUCGGUGAGCUCUGCCAUCGGCGGGGAGGUGCCCCAGCGCUACGUGUGGCGUUUCUGCAUCGGCCUGCACUCAGCACCUCGCUUCUUGGUGGCCUUCGCCUACUGGAACCACUACCUCAGCUGCGCCUCGCCAUCUCCCUGCUACCGCCCACUUUGCCGCCUCAACUUCGGCCUCAACGUUGUCGAGAACCUGGCACUGCUAGUGCUCACCUAUGUCUCCUCCUCCGAAGACUUCACUGUCCACGAAAAUGCUUUCAUUGUGUUCAUUGGCUCAUCCCUCAGCCACAUGCUCCUCACCUGCAUUCUCUGGAGGCUGACCAAGAAGCACACAGUAAGUCAGGAGGAUCGAAAGUCCUACAGCUGGAAACAGCGACUCUUCAUUAUCAACUUCAUCUCCUUCUUCUCGGCGCUGGCUGUCUACUUUCGGCACAACAUGUAUUGUGAGGCUGGAGUGUACACCAUCUUUGCCAUCCUGGAGUACACUGUUGUCCUAACCAACAUGGCGUUCCACAUGACGGCCUGGUGGGACUUCGGGAACAAAGAGCUGCUUAUAACCUCUCAGCCUGAGGAAAAGCGAUUCUGAACCCUCUCCCCUGCUGUGGAGGAGGCAGCCCAGUGCCCAGAAGCAAGAAAUAAGAAACAGCUCUGGCCUUCCCCACCCUGUGUCCUCUCUGGGCCCUACUGAAGAUUGGGGAGGGGGAAAAAGGAAGAAAGGGGAUAGGCCAAGGCUGACGCCAGUGCUGCUGACUGCUCCUGCCCACCCUUCACAAGAGCACAAGGGCUCUCAAGCAUCGUUACCCUUACCUGAGAGUUCUCAAGAAGCUGAGCUGACAGGAGAGCUCCACCAUUUGGUGCUAAAAAGCCCUGAGGUUCAUGACCACAAUCCAGUUCUUGGCCUUUACAUAGCCACCUUUCACUGAGGUCAGGAACCGCUGAGCAGUGGCUGCUAACUGAAUACUGCAGCCAUUUCUCAAUGGGGUGAUUUACUUGACUGAUAUAUCUAAUGAUCUCCUGUGCACAUCCAGGCCUGUGGCCAUAGUCCCCUGCUGUUUCCCAGGUGUUCUGGUCCUAACUUUACCUCUUUGAUUUGGCAUAUGUCUUAGGGUAUGCACCCUACCCUAUCUGAGCUUCAGUGUGUCCAUGUGUAUGAUGGGGGGGUGGGUGUGCUGUAUGAUUUCCAAAGGCUCUGCCAGUGUGAUUCUGAUGUCAUCCCUUGGAGGUGGUGUUCUGUACCCUAAAGGAUGACCUGUUCCAGAGAAGUACCAACACAGCAUGUACUUCCCUUCCCUUCUGAAAUUUCUAGUUUAUGGAUGCUCCCUCCUUUAUAAAAGUAUGAGGUGGAAAGGUCAGUGGCCCAGAUUUCUACCCCAAAAUGGGCCUCCCUAGAAUUCCUCCAUCUUCCUUACUACCCCAGAUCCUAAGCUCUUUUGGUUGUACAUUUUAAAAGAAAAUAAAUUUUUUCUUUUCUUUUUUUUUUUCCAUUAGUUUGGGCAAGGCUUGCUGGUCUUGGGGCUUAUUUCCUGGUUUGGUAA